GCCUGAGCGCCUUCUCCCCAGCAAGAUUAUCUCAGCCUGGGCUGGGCGUCCUCCUCCACCCCGAGCCAUGGAAGCUGCUCUGCUCCUGAACGUGGAAGGGAUCAAGAAAACCAUUCUGCAUGGGGGCACGGGGGCGCUCCCAAACUUCAUCACUGGAUCCCAAGUGACCUUUCAUUUCCGCACCAUGAAAUGCGAUGAGGAGCGGACGGUGAUAGAUGACAGCAAGCAGGUGGGCCAGCCCAUGCACAUUGUCAUUGGGAAUAUGUUCAAGCUGGAGGUCUGGGAAACCCUGCUGACGUCCAUGCGGAUCAGAGAAGUGGCCGAGUUCUGGUGUGACACCAUCCACACGGGAGUGUACCCCAUCCUGUCCCGGAGUCUGCGUCAGAUGGCAGAGGGCAAGGACCCCACCGAGUGGCAUGUGCACACAUGCGGGCUGGCCAACAUGUUCGCCUACCACACACUGGGCUAUGAGGACCUGGACGAGCUGCAGAAGGAGCCGCAGCCUCUGAUCUUUGUGAUUGAGCUGCUGCAGGUGGAGGCCCCGAGCGAGUACCAGAGAGAGACCUGGAACCUGAGCAACACGGAGAAGAUGCAGGCAGUGCCCAUUCUGCAUGGAGAAGGAAACCGGCUCUUUAAGUUGGGCCGCUACGAGGAGGCCUCCACCAAGUAUCAGGAAGCCAUUGUCUGCCUGAGGAACCUGCAGACCAAGGAGAAGCCCUGGGAGGCGCAGUGGCUGAAGCUGGAAAAGAUGAUCAACACCCUCAUCCUCAACUACUGCCAGUGCCUCCUGAAGAGGGGCGAGUACUACGAGGUGCUGGAGCACACCAGUGACAUCCUUCGGCUGCACCCAGGCAUUGUGAAGGCCUACUAUGUGCGGGCCAGGGCUCACGCAGAGGUGUGGAACGAGGCGGAGGCUAAGGCGGACCUGGAGAAGGUGCUGGAGCUGGAGCCCUCCAUGAGGAAGGCGGUGCACAGGGAGCUGAGGCUGCUGGCGGGCCGCCUGGAGGAGAAGCGGGAGGAGGAGCGGCUUCGGUGCCGGAACAUGCUGGGCUAAGGCGCGUGCGCGGGGCCUUGCCGCCUGCCUCUUUGGCUUCCCGAUCCCUGGCUCCAACCAGGGCACCUACCACCUCACUGACCCCUCUGUGCCCAGCAGACAAGUGGGCACCCGGCAGCCAGCAGAUGGCCUGGCCAUUUCUGGCUCAGUUGGCUAGGAUUUUGGUGUCAUUUCUUAAAACUUAAAAUUAAUCCUUUAAAUCAAAAUAAUGCAUGCCCAUGGUAAACAAACAAAAAAACCCAAAGGGCACAGAAGAGCUUAUAAAUAAAAGUGAAGUUUCCUGCUCUAUAUCUUCCCUUCCAUUUUUAGCCCAGAGCCAGCAGUUGGACCCUGUUUUUUACUCUUUUAGUAGUUUAUCUCCAAAUAAUAUGUUUAAAUCACAAUUUCUCCCUGUGUCAUUUUUAGCCCAUGUCAACAAAAAAGGAGAAUUUAAUGCUUUGAUGCUUCAUUCCUUCCUUCCCCUUCUCUCAGUUUUGGGUAGUUAUAUUUUUGGUUCUUUGCUUGGUUGUUUUUUGUAACUUUAUCCACUUCAGCCAGAACUCUAUCAAAUCCCAUUGUCUGUCUUCUGUAUAGUAUGAGGGUGACAGCACUGGGACCCUCCUCCCCAACCCCCUCUUCCCUCCUACCUAGCAGCCUGAUGUACCUUCAUUUUUCCAUGAUCCCAGCUCUUAACAUCUAUGUUCUGUUUGUAACCAAAAUUCUGUCUUCUGUGCUUGGUCCAAAAGGUGACUCUAAAAUUCAAAAAUCAAUACAUGGCAUUUACAUGAAAUGGCCCUGUGAAUAUGUUUUCCCGAAGAGCCCCGCAGUGGGGCUGCGGUUGCGUUUCUUUUUCUGUGCUUCCAAAUUUAUGAUCCGGGGCCAUAGAUUGAGGAUAUCCUUCCAUUGGAAGUAGCAGCAGAUAUUUUAAUGGGGGAGUGUUUUAUUUUUUUCGUUUCUUCCUGCUUUUGCAGCACUAGGUGAUUUGAGGUUCAAGCCCUCCCACCAUGGAGGAAAGAAGGUUAAUUUUUGGUUGAUUCAGGCUUGUGUCUAGUGGGCACCUUGGUGGCCAGGUAUAUUGAGAGAGAACCAGGAGGAGGUUUUAUUUAUUUAUGUGUGCAAAUUUAUUUAAAGACUUUUUAUUAAAAUAUAGCUAACAUACAAUAUUAUAUUAGCUUCAGGUGUAUAUCAUAGUUGUUCAACAGUAACCACCUGAAACUGAGUUAUUACCAUAUUAUUGAUUAUAUUCCCUACGCUAAAGAAGCGAUCACCAUGGUAAGUCCAGCAACCACUGGACUC